CGGCCUUUGUGUCCGCACAGGAGCGUCCCUGGGUUCCCGUGCAGCCGGGACCGAUGAGCCUGGCCCCGAGGGCCUCACGUCCACCUCUCUGCUGGACCUGCUGCUGCCCACCGGCCUGGAGCCACUGGACGGGGAGGAGCCCAGUGAGUCCAUGGGCCUGGGAGCCGGCCUGGGGGCCCCCGGCUCGGGCUUCCCCAGCGACGAGAGCGAGGAGUCGCGGAUCCUGCAGCCGCCUCAGUACUUCUGGGAGGAGGAGGAGCUCAACGCCUCCAGCCUCGACCUGGGGCCCACCGCAGACUACAUCUUCCCGGACUUAACGGAGAAGUCGGGUCCCCUGGAGGACACCGACCAGCCCCAGGACCUUCUGGGCCUCCCCUCGUCCUUGCCCAAGAUGAACCUGGUGGAGCCUCCCUGGCACAUGCCCCUGGAGGAGGAGGAGGAGGAGGAGGAGGAGGAAGAAGAGGAGGAAGAGGAGGAGGAGAGGGAGAAGGAGGAGGUGGAGGAGGAGGAGGAGGAGGAAGAGCAGCUGCUUCCUGUGACGGGACCCCAGGCGGAGGCCACCACACAGGCACCAGACUCUCCCCCCAGGGGCAGCAGCAGCCAGGCUCUGGGGGCCACCAGACCCCGGCAGGAGGACUCUGGGGACCAGGCGUCCUCGGGCGUGGACGUGGAGAGCAGUGCAGAGCCCAGCCUGUCACCGCCCUCUGUCACCCCAAGCACGGUGACCCUGGGGGACCAGGACUUGCCCAGCCAGGAGGACACGGCCACCAUGCUGCCAGCAGCAGGACUCGGGGUAGAGUUCAAGGUCCCUCAAGGACCCCGUGAAGAGGCCACAGUGGGGGCCCCCGACUUGGCUGGCCGGCCAGGGGACCUGCCGCCCCUGGCUCCGUCCCUUGCAACCAGAGCCCCAGGCGAGGGUCACCUCGACCCUAGGACCUCAGCCUCUUUCCCACCAGCCCCCCGAGACACGGAGCCGACCCCUUCCCCUGCCACCCUGGGGCCAGACACACUCAGCCAGCAGCCGCAGGAGGGCCCGGUGGCCGGAGCGCCCUCCAGGACCCCCUGGGACUCCACACAGGUCAUCUGCAAGGACUGGAGCAACCUGGCCGGGAAGAACUACAUCAUCCUGAACAUGACCGAGAACGUGGACUGUGAGGUGUUCCGGCGCCACCGAGGGCUCCAGCUGGUGGCCCUGGUGGAGGAGGUGCUGCCCCGCCACCGCAGCGGCCGUCACGGGGACUGGCACAUCUCCCUGAGCAAGCCCAGCGAGAAGGAGCAGCACCUCCUCAUGGCGCUGGUGGGCGAGCAGGGGGUGGUGCCCACUCAAGAUGUCCUCUCCAUGCUGGGUGACAUCCGUAGGAGCCUGGAGGAGAUUGGCAUUCAGAACUACUCCACGACAAGUAGCUGCCAGGCGCGGGCCACCCAGGUGCGCAGUGACUACGGGACGCUCUUUGUGGUGCUGGUGAUCAUCGGGGUCAUCUGCUUCGUCAUCAUCGUGCUCGGCCUGCUCUACAACUGCUGGCAGCGCCGGCUGCCCAAGCUCAAGCACGUGUCGCACGGCGAGGAGCUGCGCUUCGUAGAGAACGGCUGCCACGACAACCCCACGCUGGACGUGGCCAGCGACAGCCAGUCGGAGAUGCAGGAGAAGCAGCCGAGCCUGAACGGCGGCGGGGCCAUCAACGGCCCGGGGAGCUGGAGCGCGCUCAUGGGGGGCAAGCGGGACCCCGAGGACUCGGACGUGUUCGAGGAGGACACGCACCUGUGAGCGCGGGCCUGCGAGCCGGGCCGGGGCCUCGCGCCCGCCGGGG